AGCUCCCCUUCCUCUCCUGUGCUACAACUGCUCCCCAGCUGAGGGUCUCCUGGUGUACACCUGCAUUCGCAGCCCUCGGCUGCAGCCUCGGCUGCACCGGCAAUCGCAGCCUCUACACCUGCGGGCAGGGUGACCCCUGCCAGCAGCCUUUCCCACACCAGGAAGUGAGUGCCACGUCCAGGUCCUGUUCGCCUUUCCUCACAGCCACCCAUCCCCACUGAUGUGCCAGUGCAUGGCAUGGGCAGUGGCUGGGACCUGAGGACAGGGACAUGGGCAUCAUCCCAGUUUCAGAGAGGGAAUCUUGGAAUGCAUCCUUUGGGGGACCAAGCACCGUGAAUGGGCCCCUCUCUGGCCCCUGGUACAGCACACACAAGACUCAGCUCUUGGGAGUUUUACUUGCUGCUGGAUCAAAUUUGCUGAUUAGUGUCUCUUUGAAUAUACAGAAAUGCGCUCAUCUCCGACUGGCUUGCCAAAUUGAGCUGAAGCCCUACUACAUGAGCAAGCUGUGGUGGUGUGGGAUUACCCUCCUGGGGCUUGGAGAGGUGGGCAAUUUCGCAGCCUACGGAUUUGCCCCCAUUGCUGUUGUCGCUCCACUGGGAUGUGUAUCUGUCAUAGGUAGUGCAUUUAUUUCUAUCUUUUUCCUAAAGAAGACCAUGAGGACUGCUGAUAUAUUGGGAGGAACGCUGACAGUAACAGGAACAUACUUGUUGGUGACAUUCACUCCAAAUGUACCUCAAGAGCUCACAGCAAGACAAGUACAGAAUUACUUAGUGAGCUGGCCUUUUUUGGUAUAUUCAAUCUUAGAAAUUUUAAUAUUCUGCAUUCUCCUCUAUUUUUACAAAAGAAAGGCUGUGAAACACAUUGUGGUUUUGUUAAUGAUGGUAGCACUACUGGCAUCAAUAACUGUCAUUGCUGUAAAGGCUGUGUCCAGUAUGAUAACACUUUCUGUGAAGGGGAAAAUGCAGCUAACUUACUCCAUUUUCUAUAUCAUGGUUGCUUUAAUGGCAAGUUCUUGCGCUUUUCAAGUCAAGUUCUUGAAUCAAGCAAUCCAUCUGUAUGAAGCAACAGCAGUUGUGCCCAUUAAUUUUGUGUUCUUCACCACCAGUGCCAUCAUUUCAGGGGUCGUAUUUUAUCGGGAAUUCCAAAGUGCAGCUUUCCUGAGUGUGUUCAUGUUUCUGUUCGGGUGUCUACUGUCGUUCCUUGGUGUGUUUAUAAUUGCAAGAAAUAAAAAAGAGGAGCAUUUACAAAUUCCUUUUAUUGACUGUGGACAUAUUCCUGGACACAAAUUGACAGGGAAAAUACAACCAGAUUCUCACAGUUCAAGCUAUGGCACACUGAGUAAGGAAGAUGACUCGGUGAAAAGUCAAAGCUGAAAGAAGAAAGAACCUUACUUGCCAGCUAUCAGGAGGAAUACCACUGGAACAAGGAGCAGCAGCACCUUUUUGUUGAAGUAUACAUUGAACUCCUGUAUGUUGAUGAGUCAUAGUAUUAUUUAAUCCUAAUUAAUUUAUCCUAUGAUUCUACCAAAUGGGUUCUAAAUAUAAAGGAAGCCUUAAGAAAAACUAAAUAACCAUUAAUGAUACAGAAUAUUCUCCUGGUAUCAGUGCCUGUUGGGGAUAUUUUUAGAGUCUUAAUUGCCUUGAAAUGCAAAUAGGCACAGAACAGGAUUAUAAAAAUUCCCCUUUGAAAUCCCUCAGAUCUGUGUAGAUGCUUAAAGACAAAGGUGGGAAAUGGGAACUUUCAUAACUGGCUUCAGGGUAUUCUGCUAUAUGUACAAUGCCUUUUAAAUCUGUUCUUUCAUGUUCAGGAGUUAAAACUGUAGGCAUGUAUACAGUGGACACAAAUAGGUACACACAAAGAAUUUUGUAUUAUAUGUAGAGAGACAAUCCUGAUUAUCUCCUACCAUCAGAUUGGUUCUUCCAAGGAAAUAAACACUUGUGUGAGGAGGGGGAAGAGAGUAUUUGUCAUAGGCACAUGGUCACGUGCCCACAUCUGAGGUGGCCAGCCAAGGCAGGUCUAGGGAAUUAUUCUUGACAUUUUACAUCCUUGGAGAAGAUUCCUAUGCACUGGGCUCUAUGGCCUGUUAGCAUAGUCUGGCCUGAGUUUAGCUUCUUUCUCAGCAAAAGAAGGUUUUAGUGAAGAAAAUACAAAGUUUUUCAGGGGAAGUGGGGUAGCCAGGCUCCCUCUCUUGAUGUGUUUUGGAAAAAUACUCCUAAAAAAGAAAAGUAGGGCAGCUCCUUGUUACCACUGCUAAAGUUGUGUGAAGAAAGGCUGUAAAAUCAGAACCACAAAGUGUCACAGUAACUGUACCAUUUUUCCUUCAUUAAAUGGUAGUGUCUCCACACUGAUUUAAAGAGCCAGCAGUAAUGGGAAAGAUGGCAACACAGG